AGCUGAUGGAAGUCACAUGACAGACAUUUUGGAUUUCAGACGAUCAGACAGGAGCUGUUCCGAGAAGUAGGAAACUAAUACAUCUAUUGUAUUCACGUUCACCUGCUUUUACAAAAUGCUUCCGCGUGGAUUAAAAUCGUCUUGAUCAGCCUGCGGAUGAUUAUGCAUUAGCUUUGGACAUUCAAGCAGUCGGUUUUGAUUGAGCUACAGACUACAGCCGCCAUCAUGAGUCCCGAGGGAAAGAGCCUGCUCAACAUCAUCGUCCUGGGCAUCGGCUUCAUGGUCAUGUUUACAGCAUUUGGCACCUGCGGGAAUAUUGAACAAACCGUAAUAAAGAGCUUCAACAGUACAGAGUUUCACGGAAGCGGCUACACAAGCAUGGCGAUCAUCUACGCUGUGUUCUCCACCUCCAACCUCAUCGCACCCUCAGUGAUCGCUGUCGUCGGACCGCAGCUCUCCUUGUUUUUCAGCGGUCUUGUUUACAGCGCGUACAUCGCUGUUUUCAUCCACCCGUACACCUGGUCUUUCUACACCUUCUCUGUGCUGCUGGGAGUCGGCGCUGCAGUGCUGUGGACGGCGCAGGGCAGUCUGCUCACCGUCAACUCUAAAGACUCCACCAUCGGCAGGAACAGCGGCAUAUUCUGGGCCUUGAUGCAGUUUAGCUUAUUCUUUGGGAAUCUCUACAUAUAUCUUGCCUGGCAUGGAAAGACUCACAUAACAGAUAAGGACCGGCAGACGGUUUUCAUCACACUCACAGUCAUCAGUCUGGUGGGAAACUUCCUAUUUUUCCUGAUCCAGAAAGCCGAUCCAGAAGCUGCAUCUGCCCCUACUGAAGCCUCUGAGUCACUUCUGCCAGCAGAAAUCUCCGACAGCAGCUCUGUGGCUCCGUCCCAGGGCCUGGGCUCUCAGGCAUUGGAGGCAUUCAAGAGAUCCAUAGAGCUGGCCAUGACCAAAGAGAUGCUUUUACUCAGCCUACCCUUCGCAUACUCUGGUCUGGAGCUGACCUUUUACAGUGGCGUGUACGGGACAUGUUUAGGGGCCAUGACUCAGUUUGGAGAGGACGCCAAGGGUCUGAUCGGCCUGUCUGGGAUUCUGAUCGGUGUGGGGGAAAUAGUUGGAGGUGGCGUGUUUGGGAUUCUGGAUAAGUGUAACCGCUACGGCAGGAACCCAGUAGUGUUUUUGGGGCUGCUCACUCACAUCGUGGCCUUCUACCUGAUCUUCCUCAACAUCGCCAGUGAUGCUCCGGUCGCUCCAGAGGAAGGCACUCAGAUGCAGGCCUUCAUCCAGCCCAGUGUGGCCGUGGCGCUGAUCUGCAGUUUUCUGCUGGGUUUUGGCGACAGCUGCUACAACACUCAGCUCAUCAGCAUUGUGGGAUACUUGUUCCGGGACGACAGCGCUCCAGCUUUUGCCGUCUUCAAAUUUGUACAGUCCAUCAUGGCAGCGGUGGCCUUCUUCUACAGUAAUUACCUGCUCCUGCACUGGCAGCUGCUAAUCAUGGUGCUGCUGGGCUUCAUGGGCACCAUCACCUUCUUCAUGGUGGAGUGGUCUGUGAUCCGCAGCCGCCGCGACUCUGACUACGGCGGCAUCUGACAGCGCAGAUAAACACACACUGCAUUGACAGAACACUUUCCUCUUCACUCCCAUUGCUGCACGUUCAGAUGCUGGAGCGCAAAGUGGCCAUUCUGCUUUCUGUCCUAGACCCUUUACUUGCACACAAGAAGAGCUGUGGUGAAAAAUCAUUCGAGACUUUCAAAAUGCAUCACUGUUCUCUGUUGAAUUGAUUGUGAGCCAAGUUUAACAGCACAUGGUGCUUUAGGCCAUGUCAUAACAGCAGACUGUGCUCUAGGCUAGUUUUGAACCACAUAUGGCACUCUAGGCUAGUUUAUAACAGCAGAUGGCACUCUAGGCUAGUUUGAUAGCAGAUGGCAUAUUAGGCUAUUUUUAACAGCUGAAGGUGCUCUAGGCUAGUUUGUAAAAACAGACGGCGCUCUAGCAUAGCUGUAACAGUGAACGGCGCUCUGGGCUAGUUUAUAACCGCGAAUGGCACUCUAGGCUAGUUUUGAAUAGCAGAUGGCACUGUAGGUCAGUUUUUACUGGCAGACGGCGCUCUAGGCUAGUUUUAACAGCAGAUGGCACUCUGGGCUAGUUUUAACAGCAGAUGCCGCUCUAGGCUAGUUUUGAACAGCAGAUGGCGCUCUGGGCUAGUUUGUAACAGCGAUUUUUGAACUGAUUUAACACUAGCCUAAAGCACCUUUUGCUCUUUAAAACAAACGUAGAGCACCAUCUGAGGUUUAAAAACUAGCCUAAAGCACAUUCAAAACUGUUCAAAACUAGUCUAGAGCGCUUC